AAUGUGUUGGACGGACUGGAGGUCUAUAAUACCCAACAAGAGGGCGUCCACUUCAGGACAAGUAGUGCCGAUAAUACCAUUCAAAACUCGUAUAUUCACGACACGGGAAAGGGAAGCGUUACGGACCAGGGUUUCGGUGAAGGCUUGUACAUCGGAAAUGCUGUUAGUUACUUGUUAUUCCACAACUGGGCGGGUGGUAAACAAGACAAGAGUGACAGGAAUCAGGUGCUGAACAACAAGAUAGGUCCGGGUGUUACCGCCGAGUGCAUCGACAUUAAGGAGGGCUCGUGUUGUGGUGUUAUUAAAGGAAACACUUUCGAUGGCAGCGGUCUGUCCGGUCAGAAUAGCGCCGACUCUUGGAUUGACGUAAAAGGAGACUCGUAUGACAUCGAAGGCAAUACCGGCUCCCAUUCGCUGAAGGAUGGCUUCCAG